AUGGCCCUCCGGGCGCGACGAGAGCCGCGACGAGCGGCGCGUCGACCUGCGGGCGACCAAGCUGCGGCACAAGUUCGAGCGCGGUUCUCAGCUGCUGUACCGCGCGUUGAAGACGGCGCGGGGGUUCGAACGACAGAAGCUGGGCCGGCGGCAGAAGACGGCGAGGAAGGCCGAGGAUCAGAAGACGCUGGAGCGCUUGGAGAGGGAAGUGCUGGCGUUGAAGCGACGGCGGAAAGGUAUCUAUUGAAGCAGCUGGUCAAGACGAAACGGAUCGCCGAGACGCCCGAGUUCGAACGGUUGAGAAACUCCACAUCCGUCUCCAUUGCUGGACCGCGAGAUCCCGCAGAGGCGAACGUCACUGCGCGAUUGUUCAAGUCGAAUCCGGUCAAGAAUGCCAUGCCCGGGAUCAUGAGUGGGAUUAGAGCGGUCCUGGGACUGGACGAUGCGCCGACGAAAAAGACAGGCGGAGAGACUGGACACAACAAAGACGCGGAGCGCCGCCGCGAGGACACUGUCAAACAGCUGCAGGAGCGAAAAUCGGAUGGUGAAGAAAGCGACUCCGAGUCUGAAGCCAGGGACGGCGCUUCGGAAGAUGUCAGCAUGGACGACGCAGACCAGCAGAGCGUGGAUUAUGCUCAGUUCGACGGCCGUUUGGCCUCUUCGUCGUCGUCGGACGAGUCAGAAUCAGAGGAUGAAUCCGACUCAGAGAGACGUCGCAUCAGCAAGCCAGAAGCAAGACCGGAACGGUACGAUGCGGCGGCCGACCUCUCCAUUUCACCAUCUCCCUCGCCGUCUCGAAGUGCAUCGGAGUCACCUCCUCCAUCGAAGGCGAAAGGGCGUAGUAAAAAGAAGGCCGGACGAGCAGACGGGCCCGCAAAAAAGACGACUUUCCUCCCAUCGCUCAUGGCCGGCUACUGGUCGGGAUCGGAGUCGGGCGGCGACGUCGAUGAUAUCGCCGAAACUCGUCCUCGCCGGAAGAAUCGCAUGGGUCAGAAGGCCCGCCGGGCGCUGUGGGAGAAGAUGUACGGCGACAAGGCCAACCACCUGCAAAAGCAGAAGAAGCAGCAGCAGCAGGGCAAAGAAAGUCGUGACAAGGGCUGGGAUCCGCGCAGGGGCGCCACGGACGAGGAUGACAGCGGGAAGCCGAAAUGGGGCAAGCAACGAGCUGCUCAACAACAGCAGCGCGGAGGCGGUGCAAAGAACGAGAAGAACGAGCAGAAGCAGCAGCAGCAGCAGCAGCAGCAGCAGCAGCAGCAGCGCAAGAAACCCUCAUCAGAAGACAAGCCGCUCCAUCCAUCAUGGGAAGCAGCCCGGAAAGCGAAGGAGAAGGAACAGACAGCCCAAGCGUCGUUCCAGGGGAAGAAGAUUGUUUUCGACUAG